GGAAUAUACUAUUCGCUGAAGGAGGAACUGAGGACACAUUUGUGGGAAGAUACAGUGCCAUAGUUUGGAUGUGGAGCAGACACGGUGUCUCUGGUUGUUUUGUGGCAGUGACUGUAUCUGAUGGAACCGAUGGAUUGGCUGGAGGAUAAUGAGCUCCUGCUCUUUUUCCGGCGAAGUAAAACGGUAAUGUCCUGCAUGGAGAACCCGCAAACCUUUCUGCGACAGCUCCGGGACCACGACCUGCUGCUGGAGGACAGAUACCAGAUGGUGAGUCGCAUGCAGAGUAUUAAAAAAAUAAAGAACGGUCUCUACGAGAUUCUGGACCGGUUGGAGAGGAAGCAACCACAGGACAUCAAAGUGUUCUGGAGCUGUGUCUUCAAGGAGACCAUCUUGAACGAGUACCCCACCCUGCGACUGCUGAGAAACGACCUCAUGAACGGGACUUUCCAAUCCGACAUACCUCCUCUUGAGAGGUCGGAAACAGAGGAGGCAGAUAAAGGGAAAAGGAAGGAUGUUUCAGAAGAUGAGGAGGAAGCGGAAAAGCAAGAGAGCUCUGUUAAAAAGAAGAGAAAACUGAAAAAUAGGGAUGUGUGCGACGAAGAGGAGGAGCAGCCAGGUCCGUCGUCUCGGGUGUCUCCGAGGAAAAGGCCUGAGAAAAUACACUUCUCCUCUCCCCUGAAGAAGGGAGAGAAGAACGACAUUUGGACCUGGGACCUCUACAAGUCCCAGCUGCCGGUGACCUGUGGAGAGAAGAAGGGGAUGCUCAGCAGAAAAAGACUGGCUAAUGAUGAAGAAGGAGAGAGAGAGGAACAGACAGACGCCAGCCAUGACAGUGGCAGGAAGGUGUUCAAAGUCACAUGUGGACCUUUAGCGGGGGACUUACACGAAAAACGAUUUGCAACAGGGACCUUAGGGAAGAGUAUUCGUACUGAGACCAAAUGGAUGACCCCAAUGCAGUUCAUGCAGGAGGCAUGUCCAACAUAUUUGUCCUGGAAGAAAGACAUCGAGUGUGAAGGGAAAGCACUCGGUGAUCACAUAAAGGCAAAUAUCUUGAUCCACGAAGUGCAGUGUGAUUGUAAACUGUGCAAACCGCGAAGUAAGGAUCUGGAUGAUGAGAAAAACGAUGACGAGUGUUUCAUCUGUAAAACUGAAGAAGAAGAAGACGAGUUUGUGGUGUGUGAUAAAUGCCCUCGCUCCUUCCAUCAGAAAUGCCACCUUCCUCAUGUAGAGGACAACAUAAUAGACGAUGGAAGCCAAUGGAUGUGUACAUUCUGUGUAUACAAGGCCAAUGAAAACCUUUACCCCAAGGAGUCGGAAAGAGAAGCAGCCUUGUCUCGCACAAUAUCACAAAGACUGCUGCAUUGCCAAUACCUCCUUCUGUGUCUGCGCAGUGCUGAUAAGGAUCAAAUAUUUGCUUCUAACCCAUGUGGUGUUUUGGAACGAUACUCCUCUGUGAUUGAAACUCCAAUGUGGCUGAACAAUGUAGCCGGCAAACUCCAGAAGAAACUCUACCAGACUGUCGGAGAGUUUGUGUCCGACGUCCAGCUCAUUUUCUCCAACUCUGCCUUAUACAACCAAGGCAAUGCUGGAUGCCUUGCGAUGGGAAACAGACUGAAGGAGUUGUUUGACAAGGAAUUUAAUAGUGUGUUCAACAUCUCUGAACAAACUGUUGGCUGACAGAUUUCAUUUUUUAAGCUCAGUAGAUACUGGGAAACGGUUACAAAAUGUGUAAAUAGCCCUGUUUUUGACAUAUCCCUUGCAUGUGGAUAAUAUAUUCCAAACAGAAAAGCUGCUAAUCAAGAGAAGGCAAUGGAACUUUACUUGAUUUAAGACACAACUUAUCCAGUUUACCUAACGUACUUUUUAAAUUACAUUGAAUUUCAAAGUGUAAACCUGUGGAAGGUACAUCAAAAGAUGUCGGAUUUACAGGUCAUAAACAGUACUUCCAGAUAGGUUAGAAGUUGUAAAAGCCUUUUGAAAUUGCCUUAAGUGAGGGCACUUGAGCCAGCGUUGCCUCUUUGUAUAUAACAAUCCGGGGUUAAUGUAAUAAGUGAGAUGGCCAGACCUUUUGGGUCGGCUCCAUAUAUCUGCUUGUGUAAUGCAACUAGUAUAUUCUCCAACCUUAUGUUGCGUUUCAGUCAAAGGUCCAAACGUUUUUCCGGUUAAAGUUUUCAACUUCCUAAGUGUUUCAGCUCCAGGAUGCAAAGUGAGCAUGUGCUGAUCGUGGGGAGAUGAUGUUUCUCUGCUAAGAGUACAGCAGCACUGCAGCAAUUUGACUGUUUUAACGUUUUCCAAAUAACUUUUAUACUGUCAAGAUAACUUUCAAAGAUUGUUCACUGUAACCAGCUACCUUGUUUCCUGCUCUGACAUCCAUUUACACUCAGGUUUUACUAUCCAAUAGUAUGAAUAUAAUUAAAAAUAGGCAAAUAUAUUAUUAGAUAAUAGCAACACUGACUUUAAAUGGUGUUUUAUUGUACUUCCUUUUGUAAUAGUAUAGACAUGUUUGGACUUUUCAGUCUCAUCCUAUGUAAUUAAUUCAACAGAUUGUUCAAGGAAGACAAAUGCGUGAACAAAGUCUCUUGAGUGUUAUUGGAGUGCAUUUUGCAUUAAAAAAAAAAUCAUUAUUUAAUUUCUUUACUCAUAAAAAGGUUAAGUAUGGUAUAGGGCGGCUGUGGCGCUGUGGAUUAGUGCAUUGGUGUUCGGAUCAGGGGAGCACAGGUUCAAACCCCACUGGGGAUUGUCCACAGUAUUGAGUAUGUAAGUCGCUUUGGAUAAAAGCGUCUAACAAGUAACAUGUAAUGUAAUGUAAUCAUUAGUAAUUGUUUUAAGUUUUGACAGCUUUUCGUUAACCCAAGUUUUUACAAUGGAUAUGAAUAUGUGUGAUUUUAUUAAAAGAAAAUGUAACUCCCAACA